CUCGAGAAGCGAGUCCAAGGUCGGCCGGACCUCGCGGCGACUGUUCCGUCAACUGUUGGCGUGAAUUGAAUCCUGGGCUUUCAUCUAAAUGUUAUUCAGAGAGUAGACCUAUUUGACUGUUUCACAAGUAUUUUCUCCUGAAAUUCAUUGAUGUUGGGUAUGAUACAAAUGGAGGAAGCACGAUCCUGCACAUUUUAACGGAUUGCAAUAUUUAAAUGUAGGCCUACCCGAUGCUUGUGAAAAUAGAAGAACUGCUCGUUAAUGGUCGGCCGGUCUCAUUUUCAAGGUCACUCAAACUCAAAGCAUUAAAGCUUAGCGCCGAAAAUGUGAUGACGUAAUAGCUGUUUGCUCGCGAUCGCCUGCGCCAUUCAAUAUUUCGGACUGGUCAGUUUGUUCGGCAUACACAACAGUGGAGAAACGCUUUUGUUAGUGAGUGGUCACUUCGCCCAUGAGAUAUAGCAUUUCAUGUAGGCUUUUCUUCCUAUCUUCACGAGAGUGCGUUCGUUUACGUGGACUUGACAUUGAGUCAGGUUGACUGAUUUUGUUUCAAUCCAAUCUUCAAUUUCGGGAUUCUUCCAAGAAAUCUGGGCCUUUUUGCAGCAAGCUGAUAUUUAAAAAGCUACCAAAAGAUCUUGGACAUUUGGUAGAUAUUGGACAUAAUAUCACUCUUGUCGCAUAAUUUUUCAUAUUUUGUUGGAGGUGGAUGAUUUCCGAUCAUCUGACGAUGAUAGUUUGGUGUUAAACCUGAAUUUUGAUGAAGUAACAUUUUGAUCUGCUUAGUUGAGCAACAGGUUGAGCCAGGAUGGUGGAUAUUUCUGAGGUACCAUUAACUCCGGAUAAACUUUCACCCCUUAGUGAUGUCAGCAACAACAACGAAGAGGAUCCUUCGGUCUUGAAGCUCCCACCCUCCAAGAGAUGGAGAGGAACGUUUCACAACAAUAAUAACAGCAGCCGAUGCACUGACCUUGAAGCUCUUUCACCUUCUGCAGAAGAGACAGACUCACAACAGGAUUCCCAGAGCCAGAACAACAGUCGCAGGUCUUCUGCAGACAUGGACAUACAUAUGCACCCAAGUCACUUUGACAUGGGAAAGUUUCCGCAUCACAUGAUGCCACCCCCACCUCUUUUGGUCGUCCCAAGCCUCGUCCCAAACCAGCCACAGAUGCCCCCAAGGACCCAGGACAGUUUUUUCUUGAAAAGCCCUCAUGGACCUCAUAUUGCCAGGGUAGAGUCACCCAUGUCAACCCUCAGUCCGUUUUCUGCUCUGUCCUCUCCGGGUACAACCCCAAGGAUGUCUCCUCUGACAUCUCUUCCGACGCCAGUAUCUAGUGGCUUCUUGCCGUCACCGAUGACAGCGGGUACUUUCCUCUUCUCUCCUUUCUCGGCAGGUCCGGGAAUCCCCACCUCGACAACGCCAACCCACUUCCCUUUUCCGCCACACCUUCCAUUCCAAACCCAGCAUCUCUUGCGAGAGGCAAACAGCGACCCAAAGUUACGAACUCAAUCCGAGGGGGAUGCUGCAUCCCUCAAGUCCUCAGGACUGGACAGUCAAGGUCAUAGUGAAGAAAGCAAUUCAGACGAAGAUGAGUCAUUGAUGCUCUGCAGCAUAUGCUGCGACAAAGCCACAGGACUCCACUAUGGCAUAAUCACUUGCGAAGGGUGCAAAGGGUUCUUUAAGAGGACAGUUCAGAACAAACGUGUAUACACAUGUGUAGGCAAUGGACAAUGUGAAGUAACAAAGGCACAGAGGAAUCGAUGCCAGUACUGCCGUUUUCAGAAGUGUCUUCAUAUGGGCAUGAUGUUAGAAGGUAAGUCUUUCAUGAUAAAAUCUUUUUGUUACAGGUAUGUAGCAAAUUGCAUUUGCUUGUUCGAGGAUUAGUUUGUGCAAUCAUCUGUAAUGAAGCCUAAAUAGCAUUAAUAUUUGAUUACCUUCAAAUUUAAUAUUAUGCACACUGUCAAUUCCAGAAUGGUCUAAUAAUGAAUGAGAAAUUAUGUAGGGCAUAAAAGGCUAGCUUUAGCCUUAUUUCAUUUCUUGGAACAAAAUAUCAUUACAUGUUCAAGAAUCAAGCGAUGCCAAACUAUGACUGUAUCAUACUGAGCGUCUGUGCUGGAGCCUAAGCUCUAGAGGAAAAUGAUUCUGUGAAUGAGAUUACCUCAACAUCUAGGCUAAUUUUAGAUCUUCUGACUGAGACUGAGUCACUACCAUGAAUAUUCAUGCUCAAUCAUUCCUAGUAGUAGUAGCUUGUGAGUCUGAUUACGUGGAUCCGACAUUCCUCUUACGGUUCGAAAAAUAUUUGAUAUUUUUGUUUUUUGGAGUACAUUUACAAACAUGUAGACAUCUGUUUUCAUUUCACUUUCUGUUCCAGAAUCUGGAAAAUAUUUGUUUGUGUUUAGUGUUAUUGUUUCUGGAUUUCAAGUUUACAUUUCGUUUUCUUUCACAGAAUUGGAAUCAUUUGUUUGUGUUCAGUGUUUGUUUUUAGAUGUCAUGUUUUCAUUUUGUACAAUGAUUUUAUUGUAAAAAGAAAUGCACAUGUAGGAGUUAUUAUAACGUUGAUACACCGUCUGUGUUAGUAUCCCCAUGGUUUUUAUCCCUGGUUAAACCCUAUACUAUAGUUUUCUUGUUUGUAUGCCUGUCAGUGAUAGCAAGGUUAGAAUUAUACUAAAUUUGUCUUUUUACAGCUACAGUUUUAUAAAGCUGGCUUCGGACAAUAUAUCUCCCUUUUUUACUUUGAAAUCUUUAUUUAUUCUUCCCAUUAUUCUCAAUUGUCAUCUGAUCACUUCUUCUUUGCCCAUUGUAUAUAUAGGCCUAGAUAAAUGUAAUUUUAACCAUUCUACUAGUUUCUCAACUUAUUUGUUGGUUUGCUAUAUAGUUCCUACCAUUUCUACCUCUCAAAAUUGGUAGUUAAUUAUAUAUAUAUGUAGAAUUGCAUUUUAUCAACUCUUUUUUACCCUAGUAUCAUGUUUGUUCAAGCCAUGGUUAUGGGCCUAGAUUUAAUCAUUUGUCAGUCAUAAAAAAGGCAUCUUUUGAAAUUAUGUAAUGUAAGUUUUAAUACUAACUUGUACAUUUCAAGCAUGAAAUGCUGAAAAAAGAUGCGAUUCUGGAGAAAAGAACAAAUUA